AACCCCAUACAGCAGCAGCUAAAGUCUGCACAAAUGGGGAGCAGCAAGUGCACAACUGCAAACUGCAAGUUUUAGUAAAAUAUAAUCGUCAGCCGUGCAACGGUUCUUUUCAUUCCUCGCCUUGCUCAGCAGACGACUGCAGGUUGGCCGCAAAAGUAAGUCUGGACAGUCUCGUAGUCCGUCGUUAACGGUCGAACGGUUCGCACCCAGUUUAGGUACGUGUAGGAGCAGGACGUUGUUCCGGUUGCGGUUACGAACACCUUCUUUAGGAGAGCGCGCGCGCGAUAUGGCGGCACGGAUGGCACCGAGCCACAUUUUGUGGCUCAGUGGAGUUCUACUGUUGCUGAACGGAUUGAUUUGUGUACGUAGUGAGCUGAAAAAAUCGUGGAAAGUAAAAAGUGACAACGAGAAUAACGCUGCUAGCCUCGGACCGGAUCUGAGCAUACUGAGGUCUGAUAAAUCGGCACGAUUGGAGCCGGAAGCCCCCCAGCAGGAACAGGGGCAUGAUGACAGUCAAGUGCAGAUGACAACAGAAGGUGUUGAGUUGAAAACGUUGCCCACUGAAGCAGCUAGUAGCAGUACAGCUGCUAGUAGUCAGACAACGAGAAGUAGACUGCGUAGUACAUAUGUGGCGAACAAAACUUCUUCCGUGUAUAGCAGUUCCGUACGAGAAAGUGCUAAAGUAGCUCCGUUUAUGGAAGACUUAGAGCCAGAUAUUCAGAUCGAUGAUGUUUCUGCUGAUGAAACCGAUGAAUAUGAUGAAGAUUUGAGACUGCUAGAUAAUCCGGCCAAGAAGGCAACGAAAGACAAUCGCGCUGAAAUGGAAGGUUAUGCGGAAGGUUACGAAAUGAUAGAAAACAUUCUGGAAGAAGUUCAUGACAUGGCCGAAAAGGAAAAACCAUCCCAGAAGCCCCAGCAAACAGAUGACCAGAAAGAGGAGGAAACCAAGAAGUAUAACUUCCCUCCAGUGCUCAACAUGACUUUUGAUGAACCAAAUAAUAUUGUCAAUGUGAAGUUAAACGGAAAAGUUAUUAAGGAAAUUUUCACCGGUCGUGGUAGCGGCUUCGGUGGUGGAGCCAAAAAGAUUUGGAAGUACGCAGCGCCGUUAUUUGUGCUCCCCUUUCUAAUUCAGUCGGCGAUCAUCCCAUUCAUGCUAACGACGGUGAAGUUGUUCCUGGUAAAAUCUUUCUUGGCAGGGAAAUUGGCUAUCUUCCUUUUGCUGUUGGGAGCGUUCAAAAAUUUCACCCACAAGAGAAAGGAGGAGGUGUACGUGAAAGAUUUGCCGGAGAGGCGAUAUGAGCCGUAUAAUAGCGAGUGGCCGUAUCCGUACCACGCGGAUAGUCGGGACGGUGGCUGGUCCUAAUGAAGGGGUCCUCAGUGGCGCCCGAUGGUGGUGGGAUAGAACACGGGGGAGAACACAGCGCGCCAGUGAAUUGAGGUUGUGUGAAGAAUCCGAAUGAAACUUGUUGAAGUGUUUGAUGCUUGUUGUAGACGUAGGUUAUUUAUUGGAUUAUUUAUUUGUGUGAACGUUAUUUGUUUUGUUGAAUUUCAGCCCUUUAGUCAUAUAGCACCGAAGUUUGAAUAAGUUUGUUACUAAUAUAGUGUGUCGCAUUA